GAAGCCGGUGGCUGAAGAGAUACGCGACGGAUGCGGUCAAAGGAUGAAUAACCACUUGUCCAGUAUUCUGAAGAAGGAUGCUUAUUCAAGUAUGGGAUGAAGUACGUUCAGAAGUACACAGAUCAGACACUUAAAACUUAACCACUCCUAUUAUCACUUUUUUUUUUACUUGAAACUCUGGAAAUCGGACUGUUGUGAACACUGAAGGCUGAAUCCCCUUGUUGAUGGAAAUGCCACAAAAUCCGAGGGGAGAAAACACCUUUAUUUCAACCCAGUCAUUUGUUUUUUCCAGCGUACCCAUUCCAGUUGAGAAUGGAUUUAACAUCGACUCUUCAGGCACCAAAGAGCUAUGUCGCACACCCUUGAGCAAUGGCAUUGUACUUUCAAAUGCCAACAGUCCUUUAGACUCCUGCAUGCAGCCCCUCUGCAGUGCCACAUCUGGUAAAUCCAGUCCCUGUAGUGAAGAAGUCAAAUAUGUGUCUUCGGAGGGAGAAAACAUUGCCUGUGGCUGGGGGGCUUUCACCCCAGAUUGUUUACAGUUUUUCAAUACACCCAAAGGAAUACUCUUUUUCCUCUGCAUGGCCUCCUUUCUUCAGGGGAUGACGGUGAACGGCUUCAUCAACACCGUCAUCACCUCCAUCGAACGUCGCUAUGAUCUUCACAGCUACCAGAGUGGGCUUAUUGCCAGUUCGUAUGACAUAGCAGCUUGUGUCUGUCUGACCUUUGUCAGCUACUUUGGAGGCACUGGACACAAACCUAGGUGGCUUGGGUGGGGGGUGUUGGUAAUGGGGCUUGGCUCCCUUGUCUUUGCUUUGCCUCAGUUUACCACCGGUAAUUAUGAAGUGAACUUCUCAGAAGAGUUUGGAAUAUGUGGCUCAAAUCAGAAUAUAUCCUGUACAGGAAGUACCUCAAGCCUCUCCAACUACAGGUUUGUCUUCAUGCUCGGGCAAUUCCUUCAUGGGAUUGGUGCAACACCACUGUACACUCUGGGAGUGACCUAUCUCGAUGAAAAUGUCAAGUCAAACUACUCUCCGGUCUAUAUUGCAAUCUUCUAUACAGCUGCAAUUCUUGGUCCUGCAGCAGGUUACCUGAUCGGAGGAGCACUGCUGAACAUUUACACUGAAAUUGGCAGACCGACUGAACUAACUACAGAAAACCCUUUGUGGGUUGGGGCCUGGUGGAUUGGGUUCCUAGGGGCUGGUGCAUCUGCCUUCCUCAUUUCCAUCCCCAUCCUUGGCUACCCUCGUCAGUUGCCAGGAUCUCAGCGCUAUGUGGUAAUGAGGGUGUCUGAAACGCAUCAGUUAAAGGACGGGAGCCAUAAGACGGCAUCUGAUCCAGACUUUGGGAAAACAGUCAAAGAUCUGCCUCUCUCAAUCUGGCUGCUGCUGCGGAACCCUACGUUCAUCCUGCUCUGCUUAGCUGGGGCAACGGAAGCCACCCUCAUUGCUGGCAUGUCGACUUUUGGACCCAAGUUCCUUGAAUCACAGUUCAGUUUAAGUGCUUCUGAAGCUGCUACCUUAUUCGGUUACCUGGUGGUGCCAGCAGGGGGAGGAGGUACAUUCCUUGGUGGAUUCUUCGUGAACAAAUUUAAGCUUCGCUGCUCAGGAAUUAUCAAGUUCUGCCUUUUUUGCACAUUGAUAAGCCUGUUAGCAAUCUGCAUAUUUUUCAUGCACUGUCCGAACAUGCCUAUGGCUGGUAUGACACUUAAGUAUAAUGGGAGCAUGUUGCCAGAAGGCAGUCUACAGCUGUUGGCUUCCUGCAAUGAGAAAUGUGGGUGUCUGAGGGAGAUCUACAGUCCGGUGUGUGGUACAGACAAUGUGAUGUACUACUCUCCCUGCCAUGCUGGGUGCUCCACAGUGUCCGUACUUCCAGAAGGGGGUAAGAAGGUUUACCGUGACUGUAGCUGUAUUCCUCAGCAUUCCCCUUCUCGUUUGGGUCAUGCUACGGCAGGGAAAUGCACUUCAUCUUGUCAGAGAAAGUCCCUUCUUCUGGUUUUCAUAUUCGUUGUAAUUUUAUUUACAUUCCUAAGCAGCAUUCCUGCUUUAACUGCAACUUUACGGUGUGUCUCUGACCGGCAGAGAUCCUUUGCACUAGGAAUUCAAUGGAUUGUAGUACGCACUCUAGGUGGAAUUCCAGGCCCAAUUGCCUUUGGCUGGGUGAUUGAUAAAGCUUGCUUACUCUGGCAGGACCGAUGUGGAGAUCAGGGAUCCUGCUACAUUUAUCAGAACUCUGCCAUGAGCCACUACACCCUCAUUGCUGGAAUUGUUUACAAGGUGCUUGGGAUCAUUUUCUUUGGCUCAGCCUAUUUGCUGUAUAAGCCACCAAGAGGCUCCCCAGACUCCCCAGUAGCAUCUCCUCCCAGCAGUUCAAGUGCUUCUGAAAAUACUACUGACCUCCAAGAGCGUGGCUCUGUCCUACAAACCCAGAAUAGUGUUUAAACAUUGCGUUGUGUCUCUCCAUAUCAGCCCCACAUCCCAAUGUAUUGCUGAAAUCCCCAUUUAAUUUCAUCACUUACAUCUGUACCCAAUAGCUUGAGUUUUUCUCAGAAGGGCUAACUAAGCACUUAUUUGUUCUUCUUAAUAGAAGUGAUAAACCAUUCUGAUGUGCGCCAAUCCAUCUUUACCCUUUAAAAAGCACAUAUUGGACUCUCGUGUCUGAGAGAAACUGAAAGACUUCUUAUUAUUGAGAUAAACUGAUGGGUUAAGUUUUGAUUUCCUCAGUGAAGAAAAGUCAACUUGUUCUAGUCACAGGUAAGCAUGAUGGGAGAAAGAAGAGAAGAAUGAGGCCAGUCCUGGACAUAGGAGAAGAGCAUGAAGUCCCUCUGUUCUAACUCUGCCUCCUCAUAAGAAAAGAUGGUAGCAGGAAGAAGAAACUAAACAGCAGAGACAGGAAGGAAACAACGGCCUGGACUUCAUGGGAAGUCAAGAGGGGUCUGUCUGAAUCCACCGCUACCACCACCACCAUCACCAUGCACAACUUCAUAGUUGCUAUUCGGUAUGUGUCAUAGAUGGACUCCUAUUUGACCUUGGGAGCUGAAGACUGAGCCAGGUCAGCACAAGGAAUGUCAGACCCCACCUUGGCCUUCCUUAUGUUCUGUCACUGCCAAAGCCUCUGAUCCUGUACCCUUUCCUAAGCUCCUUUGGUUCCUCAACUGUGGUUUCUAGUUCAGUAUACUUUAUUUGAAACAGGUGGUCUUGGAAGACAUCUUAGGAUCCACUGGAAUGCGUUGAAAGCUUUUUUUUUUUAAU